GUCCGUCUUAGCAGCUCCACGAAGUUUUAGUUAUUGGUGGCAACGUGCGCGUCGACAACGUUAAUUUCAAGUCGCUGUCGUACAGCGUACAGGAAAACAACAAAUAAAAAACACGUCGUCUUGAGGCCAACAAACAAUACUAACUUCGUGCUCCUCCUCGCGCCACACGACGUCAGUUCCGAUGACGCUGCCGCUCCAGCUGUCGCUGCUCCUGGGCAUAUUUUUGUUGGCUUCAGUUGCGGCCAGAACAGGACCUGCACACGACAAAGUGGUUGUUUGCUACAUCUCCACAUGGGCUGUGUAUCGCCCUAAGCCCGGUGACUAUUCCAUUGAACACUUUGACCCCAGCCUCUGCACACAUGCCAUCUACGCCUUUGCCGGACUCGACAUCGUUCACUCGGCCAUCAAGUCGUUGGAUCCGUGGCAGGACCUAAAAGAGGAAUACGGCAAGGGUGGCUAUGAGCGCUUGACGGCGCUUAAAAAUACGCAUCCGCAUCUGAAGGUCAGCCUGGCCAUUGGCGGCUGGAACGAGGGUUCCAAGAACUAUUCCACGCUUGUGGCAAACCCAUUGCAGCGUGGCCAGUUCGUCAAGCAGGUGACGAGCUUUGUGCGCAAAUACAAUUUCGAUGGCUUGGACCUCGACUGGGAGUAUCCCACACAACGUGGCGGCAGUCCGCGGGAUCGUGAGAACUUCGUUGCCCUGACCAAGGAAUUGCGUGAGGAGUUCGAUAACUAUGGAUUGCUGUUGACAUCGGCAAUUGGUGCGGCGAAAAAUGUUAUCGAUCAGGCUUACGAUGUGCGACAGAUUUCCCGUUAUCUGGACUUUUUGCACAUCAUGUGCUACGAUUAUCACGGCAGUUGGGAUCACAAAGUGGGUUACAAUGCACCACUAAUGGCUCCUGCUGUGGAUCCUUUGAGUGUGCAAUUCACCAUAGAUUAUCUGCUGAAACAAGGUGCUCCACCUUCCAAACUGGUGCUGGGUUUGCCAUUUUAUGGACGAUCCUUUAAGACUGCUUUGCAGGGAGUGCUGGAUGAUGCCAGCGAUGGUGCUGGCUUCCAAGGACCCUACACACGUGAGGAUGGCUUCUUGGGCUACAACGAGAUCUGCAUUUCGCUGAGCAAUAAGACCUCUGGCUGGACUAAGCAAUGGGACGGACAGACGAGUCAAAUGCUGGCACGCUCCGAACGUAGUGUUUUCACCCAGGAGGUGAAGGUGGUGACGUUCGAUAGCUCACGAUCGAUUGCCAACAAAGUGAAGUUUGCCAUGCGCAAGCGUUUGGCCGGCGUUAUGGUUUGGUCCGUGGAUACCGACGACUUUCUGGGAGAGUGUGAGCUCGAUGAGGAUACAUUUGCCGAUUUCCGACUAGUCAAAAUGGCGCCAAGGCGAUUGAAUAACAACUACCCGCUGCUUCGGACCAUCAAUGAAGCAACUACGCUGGCGCUAGAGGAAAUUGCUGCAGAUGAAAUUGUUGUUCCGGAUGAUUCUGAGAAUGAAAUUCCUCAUGGCAGCAUUGCGGAUCGCAAAAAUGCUGCACCAGCUGUUGUUAGUUUUAGUUUAACUUGCACUUUUGUCUAUGUGCUGUUGCAAAGUUUGGCACAUUAAGUGUACCAUAGUUUUUUAAUCUUUGUUUUGUUCCAGCUGCCCACAGAAGCAGUCAUUUCAAGUCGUGCGUAAUAAAAGUCCAAAUUUAAUUUUAAA